UUGCCGACCAACGCAUGUAAGUCGCACAAGCAUUCUCCGGAUGCUAGACACAGUUAAUGCAGCACAACCGGGACUAUUUAUAAAGACUUGCACCGUGCUGGCGCUGCCGUUCGUCCACCAUGCAGGCUUAUCCACAGACAUAUACCGUCCACAACCUGCCGCUGGUUCUGCUGUCCGGUCUUGGACAGCGUGAUGUAGAUACCCCAGCAAACAUUCCAAGGCUAGAGAGCGGGACCAGGAUCGCAACCGCUUCGGAUGUCUGUACUGGUGACCGUGCAUCUCAGCUGCUCGACCAGUUCCUCAGACAGGAUGGAAGCCAGCAAGCAUGGAACGCCACAGCCUUACCCGGGCCAUCCGCGGCCAUGAAGUACAGGAUGAAGGCGAUAGGGAGGACAUACACUCUCCCGCCAAGGAAGGCAGCGCCUUUACCUCAAUCUCCAAGCAUAGAGGGUAUGAGUAGUCCGCAAACCAGUCAGCUUCGCAGCCCUGAACUUCAUUCGCCACUGUCACCUCUUUCGCCUAGCUCGCCAAUCUACCCAGAUGGCAUCUUUACGCCCUUGUGGGUUGCUAAGCACCAGGAGCAGGUGCCGGCGCUACUGGUUGCGUUCUAUGAUCUGUCUUCCGAAGAGAGCUCUUCGCGAAACGAGCAAGUUCAGAUGGACAUCAACGCCACCAAGACCGCGCUCAGCCGCUCAGGCUUCAAGACCAAGCUUGCAGUCGUACUCAUGAGCGACCAAAGCAUUCUACGGGCACCAGAAUUGGAAGACCGCUUAGCGUCCGUCCGGAGGGCCACCGCUAUGGACUCGAAAUCACUGUUCUUCAUGCCUCCCAUGUCCUCCGAGGUUGAGAUUGGUACCUUCGUACAGAACUUUUUCACUUCCUUGCAGCCUUUCAUUACCGAGUACUAUCGCGACCUAACAAAGCACGCUAGACGCAAGAAAGGUCGUGGUGGUCUUUCAGCUUCUGUCACAUCUCCAAUAGAAGCAUCUAACCAUGUUCUUUCCACACCGAGCUGGAACGUUCGGUAUGAGGUCAAACAAGGCAUUUUCGCCGAGUUCCGGCAGGAGAUGGAUGUUGCCGAGCGACACUAUUCUGCCGCGAUCGAAGAGUUGUUCCACGCUGAAGGUGUGUUCGAAGCGACUCCAGGUUGGUCGCCCAGAUGGGACGAAGCGCGCUUGCUCUGUGAUGCAGUCGCGUUGCGCAUCUUACGGUGCCAGCUCUGGCACGGUCUCACAACUGCAGCUGCUAUCUCGUGGGUGAACUACAAAGUUCGCAUGAAGGAUCUUAUUAACCGUCGCGGCAAAGGCUCUCAGACUUACGCAUGGGAGGCUUGGGAGGCAAGGUGGGCUGAGAUCAUGGCCCAGCUUAUUCGAAAAGCUGCUCUGCCUGCUCUACAAGCCACUGCAAAGCCGAAAUUAGAGGGUCCAGCAGAGCUCUCACAGCUCCAGGUCUUUGCAAACCCAGAGAAAGCUCUUGCAGCAACCGAGCGGAGCCCGCCGUUCCAUUUCCUUCAUCAUCCCGGUUAUUGGCUAAGGCUGGCCAUUCAGUCAACGAUAGCGAGGCGGAGUGUGGCAAUGGCGAUACCCGAAGCUGAUCGUAGACCGCCGAGUGAGUCACCUGCAUCAGCGGUGGCGCAGCGUGCUGGGACGUAUGACGCGUAUCUGGUGCCACAGCCUCAUGAAGAAUACUGCACAGACGAACGGCCAUCACAAUAUCAUCUAAUGGAAACCACCAGGCUCACUGAUGAAGCAACACGUGAAUUCGCGACUAGGGGCCAAGUGCGAGCGACGGAGCGUCUAGCAUUCGACUUAGCAUACCAGCUGUCUUCCGCAGGCCGCUAUAUGGGUGCACUGGAGCGGGCCCUACCCCUAUGGGAGAAUUGUUCUUGGCGGGUCGACGACUGGGAUGACCUGCUUCGACCGUUGCUGAAACUCGUGCAUGACAGCGCUCAGCAGACUGGCGACGCAGAAACGCAUCUCAUGACGGCCUGGGAGCUGCUAGCUGCUUCCAGUCUUCCGACUCGUGGCAAUGAGGCAUUCGCGGAGUACAUGGAUCGGUCAUCGCCUGCGUCGGAAAAUGUUGUUGUCACUUUCCGGGACGGAGAGCGGCUCAGCCCGCUGUCUGUGGCUUAUGCUUUUGGAAGUGCAGAGACUAGUGUUGGUGAACCGCUUGAGUGCCAGCUCACGGUCUGUUUCAAUACGGCUGCAGGGACGCAGCCGCUGACGCUGAGCAAUCUUGCUGUCACGCUUAGUAACGGCAAAGAGAUUAAGAUUGCUCAUUGUGGUGAGCGAGUAUGUUUAGCUGAGGAUCAUACCAUUGUUCACCCCACCAAGAGCACGGAGACUGGCAUGCUGGAGGCCAAUCUCACCCUGUCGCCGGGAUGGAGAUCGACUUACAUCUUCUCUUUAAUACUCCGCGAAGCGGAGGUUGUACGCGUAAAGCAGGUCACACUACAGACCGGCAACGUUGGGUUCACGCUCACGCACAUACUCACGGAGCCAUACCUUCUUCAGGCGUCGUGCUUGUACGUGUCGAACAGUGGCGGCAUCGAGCAGGAAGCUCUCCCGUACGGGGAUAGCACGUCAAUCGCGGUGUUGCCCAAACCACCCAAGCUCCGACUGGUUUUACACGGGUUGCGCAAGCAGUACUAUACAGACGAACCGAUCACCCUGGAUGUCGAGCUUAUCAAUGGUGAAGCUGAAGCUAUCAACGCUACUGCUAUCGUCUCCGUGGAAGAACCGGGCAAGGCCGCGCUUACCAGUACAUGGACUGGACAGCAAGUAGCAGCGCCGCAGCUGGCUGUUGGGCAGAUUGAGCCCGCUGCUUCGCAUAAGGCUAGUCUAAGCAUACAAGCGCCAGCCGAGCCCAUGGCUUCUCGGAUCACCGUCAAUGUGCGGUAUACAUUAUCCGGCGAGACGAACACGCCUUUGACGAAGAUACUGACCUUAGAGCUGAACUUUGUGACGCCGUUCGAAGCCCGAUAUAGCUUCAGCCCUCUACUUUACGCUGAUGCUUGGCCGUCAUUUCUCCACGCCAGUAGCGUCACCGCUGACGAAGAUGCAGAAGGCAUACCGCACCGUUGGAGACUUCGAGGUAUUUUACACUUCUCUGGCCCAGAGAGCGUUACAAUCCUUGGUACCAGGUUAAUCCUAGCAGAGGAGAGCGAGGAUGUGAUUAUCGAUUUAAAAGACGCUUCGCCUUUUGACGAACUGACACUGGAGCCUGGUCGCUCCACAGAAACCAGCUUCGAAAUCACUACGCGCAAGUUCUCGUUUGACGACCGUCGGCCUGCAAAUGUCGAGCUCGCGCUCGUGGUUCAGUGGCGUCGUGACGCAAGCGGAGAAGCAGUGAUGACAAGUCUCUCGGUUCCUCGACUGACCUUGCCUUCCUCAGAGCCGCGUGUGCUGUGCACCAUCGCGGACACCGUAGCUCCCGAUGUCGACAUGACGCUUCACUUCCACGUUGAGAAUCCAUCAAUGCACUUCCUGACAUUCGCCAUGACGAUGGAAGCAAGCGAUGAAUUCGCUUUCAGUGGUCCGAAGUACCGCACCUUAAGCGCUGCACCACUCAGUCGAGUACGGGCUGAGUACCGACUGUGUCUGCCUCAAGAAGAGCAAAUUGAUCGUUCAGCUACGAAGACGGAGGAUCGCCGCGUUUCGCCGAUCUUGCAAGUAGUCGACUCGUACUACAACAAGUCGUUACGCGUCCACUCUGGCGGGCCAGGGGUAAUUGUUGACGCGAAGGGUGUGCUGAGCGUCUUCUUGAUACCGAAAGCAGCAGCUGGAGAUGGAUGAACACUAGCGCCGACAAGCGCUUUUCGUUGCCCCCCGCCGCCCGCCUGCGGCAUUUGCCGUGGUACGUCAUUCGCUGACUGAAACGAAUGGCAGCUCGUGCUCUGCAUUUGCAGAGAUGGAUCCGGAUGCGCAGCAGUCAAGAUUCGCCCUAC